AUGAAUUGUUCGACAACACAAAAUAUUCAUAAUCAACAUUUUCUAACAGGAAAUUUAGGUGCUUCUAUAUUUAUAAUUAUAUAUAUUGGUUUAUAUGGUACAGGUAUUAUUAUUUAUUUUGCAUGUCAAUUUACAACGGACACUCGAGAUAAUCGUGAAGAUGAAGUUUCACCUGAAUUCUUUUUAAUAUUUCAUCAAAUCAAUGAACGUCAAGAUAUCUACAAUAAAUUAAAAAAUAAAGAAUGGGUUAAAAAACUAUAUAUGAUCUAUUAUUCCGAUGAACCAUUUAAAUCAUUAAUAGCUGAACAAAAAGCAAAACAUUGUUCAGAAAAAUAUCAAAUGAAAAUUCAAAAUCUUCAAUUAAAACACACAUAUUAUGUAACAAAAAGCCCAACACCAUGUAUAAAUUAA